UUUUAAGGUUAAUGUUGUGAAAGUGUCCAUUUUAAGUUUUUUUUGGAGAAGUUUCCGUGAGGCAGCAGGAAGAUCUGAUUUAUUUGCUCUUUAUUAUGAGGGAUUUUGUUUUUGGCUUAAACGUUGCAAAGAAUCGAUGGAGGUUGUGUUUGUUGGAAUGUUUUGUGUGAUCACGUAAAAUUCCUGUAUUAUCAUGGCUUUCAAAGGUUCUCGUGAAGAAAAUGUUGUAAAUGGAUAAAGAUCACUGUUUUUCUUUGGUUUGAUCACGUUAUUUAUGAGGAAUCGUGCAAUAGAAACGGAAAAUAGGAACAAGAAGCAGGUCAUUGUGGUGACUGGUUAAGCAGAUCGAAGCUUGCAAAUUCUGAAGACUGGAAACUAUUUUUGUCAUGAAUAAUAAAAUGCGGCCAAAGAUGGGAUCACAGCCGGCUGCUAAUUUCAUCGGCGGGGGACUUCCCGUUUGCCUCUCAGGAAUUGGAAUCCACUCCCGGCUACAACCUUCCAACCGCUAUCCUCGGCUUCACCAUCGCCAUGAAGCAACCAGGAGGUGGCCGUACUCCAGACAAAAUUCCAUCACCGACUGUGAGGUGCAUCACGUUGAAGCAGCUCUCGGUCAAAGGCUGCGAGAGAUUUCGCUGAGCGAGAAUUUCGUUCAAGGAGGGCCUCGCCACGCAUUGUCUUUACAAAUGGCUGAUCUUGAUCGGAGAAGAGAAGCAAUCAGAAAGCGCCGAACUAAUCACGGAGUAACUAACUUAAUGCAAGAUCAAAGGUCAGUUUUAGACCAAAGAAAUGACAAUCGUAUGAAUACGGUCAUACGUGUAGUAAUGCAGCUUCCAUCUUUUCAGCACGAAUUUGACAGGGAGUUGAUGUGUCACGGAUGUGCAAAAGCAGCUUAAAUUCUUGCUCAUUUCAAAUAGUGUUUGACACUGGUGAAAUGAUAGUUCUGAAUGGAUGAAGCUGAAACAGGCUUUUUUUUUACCUUCUCGGUAAAACAAAUUUAUCGUGUUUGUACAUACACUGCGAAUGACUUGGUUACAGAAAAGUUUGUUUUACCGUGUUUGUACAUACGCUGUGAAUGAUUUGGUUACAGAAAAGAAUCGUUUUAUGUUUUA